GAUCCCUCCGCCUGCGGUAGCGGUGGUGAGGCCGAGGGAGCCGCCAUCUUGGAUGUUCGGUUCCUGCCGCCGCUGCCGCCGCCGCCCCCGGAGCUGCUGCUGGUCUCCCUGCGAGGUGUCGGGCCGAGGAUGCCAGCCCCCAUCAGAUUGCGGGAGCUGAUCCGGACCAUCCGGACAGCCCGAACUCAAGCCGAGGAACGAGAAAUGAUCCAGAAAGAAUGUGCUGCAAUCCGGUCAUCUUUUAGAGAAGAAGACAAUACAUACCGGUGUCGGAAUGUGGCAAAAUUACUAUAUAUGCACAUGCUGGGCUACCCUGCUCACUUUGGACAGUUGGAGUGCCUGAAACUUAUCGCCUCUCAGAAAUUCACAGACAAACGCAUUGGCUAUUUAGGGGCCAUGCUGCUUUUAGAUGAAAGGCAAGAUGUCCACCUUCUCAUGACCAACUGUAUCAAGAAUGAUCUUAACCACAGCACGCAAUAUGUACAGGGGCUAGCACUUUGUACCCUCGGCUGCAUGGGCUCCUCAGAGAUGUGCAGAGAUCUUGCAGGGGAAGUAGAGAAACUCUUGAAAACCUCCAACUCUUACUUAAGAAAAAAGGCAGCACUGUGUGCUGUUCAUGUCAUCAGGAAGGUUCCUGAACUUAUGGAGAUGUUUUUACCAGCAACAAAAAAUUUAUUGAAUGAAAAGAACCAUGGUGUUCUUCACACAUCUGUAGUCCUCCUCACAGAAAUGUGUGAGCGGAGCCCUGACAUGCUUGCACAUUUCAGAAAGAAUGAAAAGCUUGUGCCCCAACUAGUUCGUAUUCUUAAGAAUCUCAUCAUGUCCGGAUAUUCUCCAGAACAUGAUGUUUCUGGGAUCAGUGACCCCUUUUUGCAGGUACGAAUUUUGCGGUUACUAAGAAUUUUAGGACGAAAUGAUGAUGACUCAAGUGAAGCUAUGAAUGAUAUUUUAGCACAGGUUGCCACUAAUACAGAGACUAGUAAAAAUGUAGGAAAUGCUAUUCUUUAUGAAACGGUUUUGACUAUAAUGGACAUUAAAUCAGAGAGUGGACUGCGGGUCCUUGCCAUAAACAUACUGGGUCGUUUCUUAUUAAACAAUGACAAGAAUAUUAGAUAUGUAGCUCUGACGUCUUUGUUGAAGACUGUGCAGACAGAUCAUAAUGCAGUACAGAGACACAGAAGUACAAUUGUGGACUGUCUAAAAGAUUUGGAUGUCUCAAUAAAACGGCGUGCAAUGGAAUUGAGUUUUGCCCUUGUAAAUGGGAAUAAUAUCCGAGGCAUGAUGAAGGAAUUACUUUAUUUUCUGGAUUCAUGUGAACCAGAAUUUAAAGCAGACUGUGCAUCUGGAAUCUUUCUUGCUGCUGAAAAGUAUGCACCUUCUAAACGGUGGCAUAUAGAUACGAUUAUGCGUGUUUUGACAACGGCAGGAAGCUAUGUUCGUGAUGAUGCAGUCCCCAAUUUGAUCCAGUUAAUAACCAAUAGUGUGGAGAUGCAUGCCUAUACUGUCCAGCGCUUGUACAAAGCAAUUCUUGGUGAUUAUUCACAACAACCUCUGGUACAAGUAGCGGCAUGGUGUAUAGGAGAAUAUGGUGACCUCCUUGUAUCUGGCCAAUGUGAGGAGGAAGAACCUAUUCAGGUUACAGAGGAUGAAGUAUUGGAUAUUUUAGAAAGUGUCCUGAUCUCUAAUAUGUCCACCUCUGUGACCCGAGGUUAUGCCCUCACUGCCAUUAUGAAGCUUUCUACUCGCUUCACCUGUACUGUAAACCGAAUUAAGAAAGUGGUUUCAAUCUAUGGAAGCAGCAUUGAUGUGGAACUCCAGCAGAGGGCAGUAGAAUAUAAUGCACUUUUUAAGAAAUACGAUCACAUGAGGUCUGCCUUGCUUGAGAGAAUGCCUGUCAUGGAAAAACUAACCACCAACGGCCCUACUGAGAUUGUACAGACAAAUGGAGAGACAGAACCAGUUCCCCUAGAGACCAAACCUCCGCCCUCUGGACCUCAGCCCACCAGCCAGGCCAAUGAUUUAUUAGAUUUGUUGGGAGGAAAUGACAUAACACCUGUUAUUCCAACUGCACCUACAAGCAAACCAGCUUCCGCUGGUGGAGAACUUCUUGAUUUACUGGGAGACAUCAACCUUACAGGUGCUCCAGCUGCUGCUCCUUCCCCUGCCCCAGUCUCACAGGUAUCCCAGACCCCCUUCUUGUUGGAUGGGCUCUCAUCACAGCCUCUCUUCAAUGACAUCGCUACAGGCAUCCCCUCCAUCACUGCUUACAGUAAGAAUGGCUUGAAGAUUGAGUUCACCUUUGAACGAUCAAACACCAACCCCAGUGUCACGGUGAUAACGAUACAGGCCUCCAACAGCACAGAGCUGGAUAUGACGGAUUUUGUUUUCCAGGCUGCAGUACCAAAGACAUUCCAGCUGCAGCUUCUGUCUCCUAGCAGUAGCGUUGUCCCAGCAUUUAAUACGGGGACCAUCACACAAGUCAUUAAAGUUCUGAACCCACAGAAGCAACAGCUGCGAAUGCGGAUCAAGCUCACAUAUAAUCACAAGGGCUCAGCAAUGCAAGAUCUAGCAGAGGUGAACAACUUUCCCCCUCAGUCCUGGCAAUGAGAGUCCAGCACCAUUCUCAUUCUUAUCCCACUCAAUCAACGGAACUCUGGGAAGGAGGUUGUGAUCGCUGGCAAGUCCCCCCCAACUGUACCAUGGGCAUGAGGAGCUGAAGAGAACUGUCGAGGAGGAUUUUCCUAAAGCUGUUGCUGAUCUUGAAGCAUUGUUAAAGACUGAUCUCCUCUCCUCCACUAUUGAGGCCGGCUGCUUCUGGAGGCUACUUUGCACUCUUUUCCUCUUCUUCUUUUCCGUACUUCUCCACCCCUCUCACAUUUAUAGCCAGAAUCAACAUUCCUGGGCCCCUGAGGAAAUCAGCAGCUGGUCUGGAGGAGAGGACCUGGCAAGAAAACACUCACUCUGUCUCUGCAGCAAAGAGUUGCCCCUUCUUUCUACUGUGUUUCUCUGUGAACUGGGCAAGGUGGGACAUUUAUUCCUCACUAGCUGGGUCACCAUCUUCAGGCGCUUUUUACAUCUGGCAUUCAGAAAGAAAAUGUAACAAUGGACAUUAGGGAGCCCCGCCUUUUUCUACUGGUUCCCCCAAUGUUUGAAAGAGGCAUUAGGCUCCUGGUGGCCUUUUCUGUGCAUUGCUGUAUACACACAGACACACACAUGUAUGUAUGUUACCAAGAACUGGUCAGACUUAGAAAGGUUAUUUGUAAACACUGGACAGAUGCAGUUAAAAAGAGCUUUGGUUGAGACUUGGCAUGAAGGAUAUGGUGCUCCAUUUGUAACAGAAAUUUUCAAGGCUCUUCCAAGCCCCACCCCCUGCGCCUUCUCCGUUCUUUAGCAGUAGUCAUCAUUAUUCUCCAUUAUUUUCAAAAUCGACUUCCCUUAAAGUGCAAAGUGGACACGAUGGCUAAAAGAUUUUAUUCAAAAUUAUUAAUUAAUCCCCUUACUCCCACCACAAAUCCUUGAGUUUCUCUUAAGCCCAUAACUGGCCUGUUGAGCUAUGGUAAAAGGGUGGAAAGAGGAGGUCUCCACUUUAAAGAUCAGACUCCUUACAAAAGCACCUUUGCCCGUAAGAGGAAUGAGUAUCAAGCUCAUCCUGAGCAUAUUGGAGUCAUCUUCUCCAUGACUGCAAACCUCCCUUUUUAUUUCCUGAGCCUAGCUUGGACCUUGGCAUUCCGUUUGAAUUCCUUCUUCUAACUGGAACAUUUGUGUUGUAUCUGUAACACUGGCACUGAAAUAAAGACCACACGGUUAAAGAAA